AUGAUUAAGGAUGCAUACGCUUUACCAAACCUAGAGGAGGUCUUUUCAACACUUAACGGCUCGAAGUGGUUCUCUGUGCUCGAUUUGAAAUCGGGGUUUUAUCAAAUUGGGAUGGAAGAAGCCGAUAAGUGUAAAACAGCGUUUGUUUGCCCGCUUGGAUUCUGGGAGUUCAACAGAAUGCCGCAGGGGAUUACCAAUGCGCCAAGCACGUUCCAAAGAUUGAUGGAACGGUGCAUGGGAGACUUGAACAGAAAACAGGUACUGGUUUUCAUUGAUGACCUCAUUGUUUUUUCAAAAACUUUAGAAGAACAUGAAUCCCGGUUGCUGCAAGUUCUCAACCGCCUUAAAGAGUAUGGGCUGAAAUUGUCACCUGAGAAGUGUCGGUUCUUCCAAACAUCAGUGAGGUAUCUAGGUCAUAUAGUCUCACAAGACGGGGUUGAGACCGAUCCGGCGAAGGUUGAGGCCUUAAAGACAUGGCCAAAGCCAACAAACCUAAAGGAGUUGAGGUCGUUUUUAGGUUUUGCCGGGUACUACCGGAGGUUUGUGCGUGAUUACUCCCAGAUCAUUAAGCCUCUCACCGACCUUACAGCGGGAUAUCCUCCACUCCGGAAGAGUGGUAUUAAGAAACUGAAGGAUGGAGGCUACUUCAACCCCAAAGAAGAGUUCGGAGAUCGAUGGACUCAAGAUUGCCAGAGUGCCUUUGACUCCAUAAUCGGCAAGCUCACAUCUACACCUGUUUUGGGCUUUGCUAACCCCAAACUUCCCUAUGUGCUUCACACCGAUGCCAGUACCACCGGGCUUGGUGCAGCUUUAUAUCAGGAGCAGGAAGGGCAGAUGCGGGUCAUAGCCUUUGCCAGCAGAGGAUUGACCAAAGGUGAAAGUAGGUACCCUGCGCACAAACUAGAGUUUUUGGCGUUAAAAUGGGCUGUCACCUCCAAAUUUAGCGACUACCUCUAUGGUGUAGAAUUCACUGUCGUAACAGAUAGCAACCCCUUGACAUAUAUCCUAACAUCGGCAAAACUUGAUGCCACCAGUUACCGCUGGUUGUCCAGCUUGUCAACUUUCAACUUUAAGCUGCAGUACAGAGCAGGUAGCCAAAAUCAAGAUGCUGAUGGGCUAUCCAGACGGCCGCAUGGUGAGCCUCUUGAUGACCUAGUAUCACAAAAGGAGAGAGAAAGGAUUAAACAGUUCACAUUAAACCAUCUCAUGGGGCCAGGAGUUGAAUCAUCUGUUCUCAUGGCAGACACGAUAAAAGCGAUCUGUGAAAGGCAUCAAGUGAUUGGGUCAUCUGAAAAUCCCAGUUCCUCUAACUCCUCACUUACCUUGGUUGAAUCCCUUACUCAGCAUGAGGACGCUCUGCCAAAUGAGUUCCAACAUGAGGAUGAACAUGGUCUUCCAGAUCUUCCACAUCUUUCAGAAACUUCCUUGGCAGAGCUGCAGAGAAAGGAUACGGAAAUGAGGAUUGUUAUUAAAGGAUUGGAGAGUGGAGUGAAACCCUGUAACCUGAGAGACCAACCACCUACCAUGGGUUUGUGGUUAAAAGAGUGGAACCGACUCGAGCUGCGGAGUGGAGUGCUGUAUAGGAGGCGGCAAGAGUGUGGAGCCUCUCGCUAUCAGUUGGCACUGCCCACCACAUUGAGAGACAUGGUGCUACGGAGCCUCCAUGAUGAUAUGGGUCAUCUAGGCAUUGACAGGACCCUGGAUCUCAUCAGGUCAAGGUUUUUCUGGCCAAAAAUGUCACAGGCAGUGGAAGAAAGGGUCAAAACUUGUGAGCGCUGUGUCCGUAGAAAAACACCCCCAGAAAGAGCAGCUCCUUUGGUAAACAUCCAAACUAGCAGGCCCUUAGAGUUGGUAUGCAUAGAUUUUCUAUCCCUGGAGCCAGACCAAAGCAACAUCAAAAACAUACUGGUUAUCACGGACCACUUCACGAAGUAUGCCGUUGCAAUACCAACUCGAAAUCAAACUGCCCAAAUCGUUGCUAAGAGCCUGUGGGACCAUUUCUUGGUGCACUAUGGGUUUCCGGAGAAACUACAUAGUGACCAAGGGGCAGACUUUGAGUCGCACACAAUAAAGGAGUUGUGUAAGGUUGCAGGCAUUCACAAGGUGAGGACUACCCCAUACCACCCGAGGGGCAAUCCAGUGGAACGAUUUAAUCGUACACUCCUCCAGAUGCUGGGGACACUGGAAAACGAAAAGAAGUCUCGGUGGAAGGAGUUCGUAAAGCCCUUAGUACAUGCCUAUAACUGCACUCGCAAUGACACCACUGGGUACACUCCUUAUGAACUCAUGUUUGGGCGACAACCCCGCCUACCUGUUGAUCUGGCUUUUGGAUUGCCAGCGGACACUCCCAUCAAGUCCCACUCUCAGUACGUACAAGAUCUUAAGAAUCUGUUGCGCGAGAGUUACGAGGUGGCUACUAAAAAUGCUGGGAAGGUAGCUGAGCGUAAUAAAAGAAGAUUUGAUAAGCGUGUGGUUGCUUCAACAUUGGAGGAGGGUGACCGAGUUCUUGUAAGGAACGUGCGAUUAAGAGGAAAGCAUAAGCUGGCUGAUAAAUGGGAACAAGAUGUUCAUGUGGUUGUCAGAAAAGUUCGUGAUCUGCCAGUAUAUACUGUCCAAACAGAGAGAAAAGGGGGUCCUCUCCGGACGUUGCACCGAGAUUUAUUGCUGCCUUGUGGGUUUUUGCGGCCAAGCAACUCUGAGGAACAACCAAAGCAGAAAGAAGUUCGAAGACCUCGAACCAGAGCUUCUCCUGAUGAUGAAGGGACAAAGGAGUCAGAAACAUUGGGCUCUGAAACUCAAACUAUUACAGGCCUUGAGCAACCUCGUGUUCAAGAAGUUGCAUCCGACUUACCUGUCCUUGAUCCUAAUAGGGAGAACUUACCUGCUCAGGAACCUGUGGAGAGUAACACUGAGGAACCUGUGGAGGGAGAAUCGGAUGAGCCUGAAUCAAGUUGUUCUGAGCCAGAUGUCUCAGUGGAACAAAGACCAGAACCAGAGGAUUGCUCUAAGUUUCUUGAUGAAUACUCUACCCAAAUGGUCGAGACAGUGCCAAUCAAUUCUGAGUUCGAGAGUAAAGAAGGAAAUCUGAUCUCAAUUGAAAGGAGUUGUGUUGAAGACACUCAAAAGGAAGAAAGGAAAACUGAACCUAAAGACAAUGUUGCCCCUAGACGUUCACAGAGAGAGAGACAUCCCCCUAAAAAGUUUGAAUAUCCCCAGUUAGGGAAUCCACUUACCUUAGUGAUUCAGUCCUUGUUGCAGGGUCUAAACGAAGCUUUUAGUUUUUCUUUAGAAGAGUCAGUUGUUGCCCCUGUAAUUCAUGUGUAG